CAGACGACUGGGCCCGUCGGUUCCGUUCGAUGUUGUGUUGUGGUGCAUUCGCAGCAUUGCGGGGAAGCUUUCAGAUUCAGUGCCCACCUUACGGCUGGGUCCGUUUUUUCCGGGUUAUGGUGAACUGAUAAUAACAACUGCUGAUUGUUGAGCCGUCCUUGAAGAACUUAAGAGAACUUAAAACGAUUGGAACGACUGGAGCCAUGUCUUACCGGGACUUACGAAGCAAAUGAUUGCAGCCUGAUCGGGUUGGUUGGCUCAGCUAAAGCUUGAAAAUGUUUAUAUACCUGAGCAAAAAGAUCGCCAUCCCCAACAACAUCCAGUUAAGUGUCAUAUCAUGGAACAAGGCCGAGGGAUACAUUGCAUGUGGGGGCGACGACGGCCUCUUGAAAGUGUUGAAGUUGGAGGCCCCGGAUGAUCAGAAGCUGAAGGGUCUGGCCGCCGCCUCCAACCUGUCCAUGAACCAGACGCUGGAGGGCCACUCGGGUCGGAUCCAGGUGAUCACCUGGAACCAGAUCCACCAAAAGCUCACCACCAGUGACCAAGACGGGCUCAUCAUCGUCUGGAUGUUGUACAAGGGCUCCUGGUACGAGGAGAUGAUCAACAACCGCAAUAAGUCGGUGGUCACCGGCAUGUCCUGGAACUCGGAGGGCGAGAAGAUCUGUAUUGUGUACGAGGACGGUGCGGUCAUCGUGGGCUCUGUGGACGGUAACCGCAUCUGGGGAAAGGAGUUGAAGGGCCAGUCCUUCACCGGCGUCGAGUGGUCACCCGACGGCAACGUUCUUCUCUUCUCCAUCGGUAACGGUGACGUCCACCUGUACGACAGCCAGGGCGAGUUCCUCAACAAGAUGAUCAUUCUGUGUCACGGCCAGAACUUCACCGGCAGCGUACGCAUCGUCAACCUGCGCUGGUACAACGGCCGCUUCGGCUACAUCGAACCCAACUGCCCCGCUUUGUUCACCUGCUACGAAGACGGCAAGUUGCAAAUCAUGCGCAACGAGUGUGACGACGUGCCGAUCAUAGUCGAUUCGGGUAUGGCCGUGACCGACUGUCAGUGGAACCACAACGGCACAAUGCUGGCGGUGGCCGGCAACAUCAGCGGCGCACAGUCGGGCGAAAAGGACUGCAACGCGGUCAUGUUCUUCUCGCCGUUCGGGGACCACAUGCGCACGCUGAAGGUGCCAGGCCGCUCACUGGCAUCGGCGGCCUGGGAGGGUCGUUCCCUGCGACUGUCUCUGGCGGUGGACUCAUUCAUCUACUUCGCCAACAUCCGACCCGACUACAAGUGGUGCUACUUCCUCAACACCGUAGUCUACACGUACCUUUCGCCCGGCAAGGCCGACUACAACUGCAUCUUUUGGGAUGUGAAGAAUAACGAGAAGUACCACAAGCCGGUGCCGAUCGUGCUGGCAAUGGCCGCUGCCGAUGAACACUGCUGCAUUUUGGUCCGGAAGGAUGACCAAGACCUCAAGUACGGCAUGAUGCUGUGCAACGCCAUCGGCACGCCGGUCGACUCGCGCUACACGGACGUGGAGCUUCGUUACGUUACGAUAACGAAGACGCACGUAUUUUCGGCGUCUCGCGAGUCCUUCUUCGUGUGGCACUAUCACACGCCCAAGGGCAUAUCGGCGCGCGACAUGGCCUCCACGCAGCCGGACGACCAACGCAAGGAGCGCGUCUACCAUGUGGACGAUAUGAUCUCCGGCGUGGAGACGUCGCGCCACUACGAACGCGCAGCCGCCAAGAAGCAUACCAAUGACCCAAUCACGUGUCUGGCCAGCCACGAAACUAUGCUGCUGAUCGCCCGCGAGUCGGGCGUGGUGCAGGUGUACUUGCUGCCACAGCUCAUCUUCAGCAACCGGUACUCGGUGGAAUGCCACCCGAGCAAGAUCGCUGUCAACUGCGAUGCCACGCGCAUCUCGCUGAUCGACGUCACCGGCGUCCUGUACUUCUUCGACCUGGAGAACCCAGAUCCGGAGAAGGGUGGCAAGAAGGGUGGCGAGCUGGUCAAGUUCGAGCGAAAGGAUGUGUGGGACUUGGUGUGGGCCAAGGACAACGCCGACAUGUGCGCUCUGAUGGAGAAGACACGUAUGCUAGUGUUCCGCAACUUGGACCCGGAGGAACCAGUGGCCAGCUCGGGCUACCUGUGCAAGUUCGAGGACCUGGAGGUGACAACUGUCCAGCUGGACGAGGUCCUUAUAAGGCCCGACCGACCGCAUCCGAAGCUGGUAGCCCGGCUCGAGUCCAAGGCGAUGCGCGACACCAAGGACAUCUUGGAAAACACUGGCCUGAAGGAGGCGCAGGACUUCGUCGAGGAGAACCCGCACCCGCGCCUAUGGCGGCUCAUCGGCGAGGCGGCCCUGGAGAUGAUUGAGACAGAGGUGGCCGAGACGGCCUUCGUCCGCUGCAAGGACUACCCGGCCAUCCAGUUCGCCAAGCGACUUAACAACAUCUCGUCUGAAAAUAUCAAGCAGGCGGAGGUGCUGGCCUACUUCAACGAGUUCGAGGACAGUGAAAAGGCCUUCCUGGACGCGGACCGACGCGACCUGGCCAUCGAGUUGCAUCGCAAGAUGGGCAACUGGUUCCGUGUCGUGCAGCUGCUAAAGACCGGUGUCGGCGGCGACGACAUGCUGAUGCAUAUCGCACUCAACAAGAUCGGGGACUUUUAUGCCGACAACCUCAAGUGGGACCAAGCGGCCAAGUACUAUGAACAGGUGAAUCAAAACGAAGAUCGUCUGGCCCGGUGCUACUACCUGAUGGAGGACUAUCAAAAGCUCGAGGAGCUUGUGGAGAACAUUGCCGAGAAUCACAAGGCCUUGCCGGAGAUAGCCAAGAUGUUCACAUCAGUCGGUCUGUGCGAGCAGGCAGUGAAAGCCUUUCAGAAGUGUCACAAGGACAAAGAGGCUGUGGAGGUGUGUAUGUACCUCAACAACUGGCGAUACGCCGUCGAGCUGGCACGCACCACCAAUAUCCAGGACACUGGCUCAUACCUGGCCAAGUACGCACAAUACCUUCUCUCCAAGAACAAACGUAUCCAGGCCAUCGAGCUGUUCAGGAAGGCCGGCUACUUCCUAGAGGCGGCCAAGCUACUGUUUCAGCUGACGGACCUAGAGGUGAAGAAGAACUCAAAGCCAAUGCGGAUCAAGAAGAUGUACGUGUUGGCGGCGCUGAUGGUGCAACAACACAACGAGAAGAUGAUGAACACCAAGGCCGCCAAGAGCUUGGGCCAGAAGAGCUCGGUGAUGCUCGGUCUGAUGGAGGCCGAGAACCAGACGACAAUGGGCGACCUGCGCGUGCUGGAUAACGCCUGGAAGGGCGCCGAGGCUUACCAUUUCUUCCUGCUGGCGCAGCGGCAGCUAUACGAAGGCGCCCGGGACGCGGCCAUGAAGACGGCGCUCCACCUGCGCGACUAUGAGAUGAUCCUGCCCGUGGCCGACAUUUACAGUCUUCUGGCGCUCUCCAGCUGCGCCAACGGCGCCUUCUCCACCACCUCUAAGGCCUUCAUCCGGCUGGAGAGCCUGCCGGAGGCAACGCCCGAGGAACGGCAGGCCUAUGAGGACCUAGCCAUGGAAAUUUUCAUGAAGUACAGUCCCAAGGACGCCAAGACCAACCGCGCAGAGUGCAUCCACUGCGAGACAAUGAUCCCCGACUGGGUAACGUUGUGCCCCUCCUGCGGCACGCGUUUCCCGUCCUGCAUCGCGUCGGGCAAGCCCAUCAUGGACCCGAACCAGGCGUGGGAGUGUCCCACGUGCAAGCAUCAGGCGUUCGAGAGUGAGAUCACCGUGCGCCAGACGUGCCCACUGUGUCACGCGCCAGUAUACGCCGCCGAGUGAGCGGCCUCGCUCGUCCGGAGCUGGCCGACAGCCCGGCGAGGAGGCUCGCCCUGUGACGGGACACUGCGGGCCGGCCGUCCAUUGUGCGCGUAUUAGCCUCGGCUCCGUCCGGAUGGAAAUGUUUGAGACUGGACUUUGAGAUGCCGCCCCGCCAGGAAAUGCGAUGCUAGUUUUGCGUGGAGCACAUGCGGUUCAUGCGGUCGGUGGCGAUGCCUAUGUUUACAGUAAAAAAUGGUGGGCGCCUUGGCUGCAGCCACUGGAUUCAGGAGGUCUGUCUAAAGCUGUUUGAGGAUAUGGCGUAACACUUAGCGCGGAAUAUGCUAGCACGAAUUUGCCAAGUAUGGUAUACCCUCCCUUGCCCCGCGAUGGGGAAUCCACCGCACCUACGUCACUACACAAUAUGCAUUACGUCGCCAAUACAGCGGGCAGAACUGAU